AUGGUGGUUAGACCGACUAUGUUGUAUGGAGCGGAGUGUUGGCCCGUCAAGAAGUCCCAUGUCCAGAAGAUGAAGGUAGCUGAUAUGCGAAUGUUGAGAUGGAUGUGUGGGCAUACCAGAAAAUACAAGAUUAGGAACGAAGUCAUUAGGGAAAAGGUGUGUGUUGCAUCGUUGGAGGACAAAUUACGGGAAUCGAGGCUGAGAUGGUUCAGACAUGUGCAGAGGAGGGACAUAGAUGCCCCAGUCAGGAGGUGUGAGAGGUUGACUAUGACAGGUCUGAGAAAGGAUAGGGGUAGGCCUAAGAAGUAUUGGGGUGAGGUGAUUAGGCAGGACAUGCUAUUACUCCAGCUUACCGAGGAUAUGACCCUCGAUAGGAAAGGGUGGAGAUUGAGGAUUAGGGUCGAAAGAUGA